AUGGUCAGCGACGGCUACACCCAGCGCAUGGUCAGUGCAUUCGAAUACGGCGGUUGCUCGGACCGUGCGCUGGAGGCUUGGUUCUUCGAGCUCGACGUGGACUGGGUUCUCCAAAUCCCCGAGGGCGAUGGCUCAUGGCGGCAGCUCCAGCUUCAAGACUUGGUCAAGAAGUGGAUUCGAGCAUUCAUCACAACCGUCGCCAGUAUCAAAGAGGUGGCCAUCAACGUCCACGAGGCGAUGGCGGUCGCACAGUUUGGCAAGGCAAGCAUCGCCAAGAUGCUCGAGCUCGUCUUCAUCGACACCAUCACCCCUGCAAGUAAGGAGGAGAAGCUACGGGCUGCGCUAGACAUGUAUAUAUGCGUCUCGAGUGCAGAACAAAUGUUUUCGCCGGAAGUCCAAGUCAAAUUCAAGGGCUUGAGCAAGAAAAUUUUCAUGGACAUAGGCGGCUCGUUGCCCAGAGAAGUGAAGAGGUUGAGCAAGGCCAUAUACAGCACGGUAAUGGAGGUGAGGGCAUUCGUGGAGGAGGACGACUCGUGGGCCAUCGAGAUACCAAGAGGAAGAGGCGACAUCCACAGGAACACUUGGUUGAUGGUGAAUUGCAUCAAGUCCAUGCAAGAUAAAGCACGGCACCACGAAACCGAAUACCUCCGUGGCCUAAUAGAUGAUUCCGUCCGUUAUCUCAAGGAUCUGCUCUCGAGGAAGUCGGAGCUAUGCGCGGACCAAAGCCUGAGGUACCUGUUCCUGCUCAAUAAUUCCUACUUGGUGGCAAUGAUGGUUGAGCCAUGGUCGCUCAUGGUUGAGUCAUGGUCUAGACACGAGUGGAGACCUGCCCCCGAAUGCCUAAAGUACAUGAAUGAAUAUCUCGAUGUUUCUUGGAGGCAUGUGCAGUCCCACAUGCCGAAAACGGUCUUCAUAGAUGGCUAUCUUGAUGGUUCUCGACGUCGGCUACAUAUGUUGUUCGGCAUGCUUGCACCGCUCCAGCAUCGGAAGAACGCCGCUUCACUGGCAAAAUUCGAGUCCGCGUUUCAGAAAACUUACGCGGCCCAGAAGUUCUGGAAGGUACCGAAUCCUCAGCUCAGAGAUGAGCUGCGGAGAACAAUCAUAGAGAGAGUCGUCUCAGGUUACCGCUGCUGCCUGGAGAAGCAUCCGAAGCUUGAGAAACAGGUUAGGGGCGGAAGCAGCAGCCCCGACGUGUUAGAGGAGAUGCUGGGAGAGCUAUUUGAAGGAUAA